AUGAAUCGAUCAAACUUGCACGUCAGCAUUGAUGCUGAAGAAGAAAUCGUUAUUUCUGGUAUUGCUGGCCGAUUUCCUAACACCAACAAUCUCAAAGAGCUACAAGACAAUCUUUUUAACAAAAUGGAUCUUGGUACAAAAGAACAUGGACGGUGGAAUAAUUACUUCGAUAUGCCUUCUCGAAUCGGUAAGAUCGAUAAUAUAGAAAAGUUCGAUUCGCAAUUUUUCAACAUAUCCACAAUAGAAGCUGAUAUGUUGGAUCCUAUGGCCAGAAUGGUACUGGAGCAUACGUACGAAGCACUUGUCGAUGCAGGUGUCAAUCCUAAACAGUUACGAGGAACAAAAACGGGUAUUUUUACAGCAAUUUGUGCCGAUGCAUAUAGCGGUUCCAUCUAUUCUAACCCUAAUUUGGGUGGAGUACCACCAUAUUGGUGCAAUAGAGCCUUCGUGGCAAACAGAAUUUCUUAUUGGCUUGGCGUUAAUGGACCAUCAUACAAUAUGGAUGCUGCAUGUAGCUCAAGCCUUUUCGCCAUAACAGAGGCUUACAGAUACAUUCAAGCUGGACAAUGUGAUGCCGCUAUCGUCGCUACAUCCAAUCUAUGCGUCCAUCCUUUCAUCAAUUUCGGAUUUUACAAGCUUGGUAUGCACUUAUAG